CUCCGAGCGCCUCUGAGGGCCUCCGAACACCACCCAGCGCCUCCGAACGUCUCCGAAUGUUUCCGAGCGCCUCCGAACGCCUCCGAACGCCUCCCGACUGCCUCCCAACUCUUGGGCUUUUUAAAGCUGGUUCUUUCCGCAGCCAGCCCCCGGGCGGGGAAAGUGUAGCGCGCACGCGGCGCCGGGCACCCUCCCGACCGUCUCAGCAGAAGGCUGGUUAGACAAAAUGGCCCUGGUGCCCUAUGAGGAGACCAUGGAAAUGGGGCUCCAGAAAUUCCACAAGCCUCUUGCCACGUUCUCCUUUGCAAACCACACGAUCCAAAUCCGGCAGGACUGGAGGCAACUGGGAGUCGCAGCAGUUGUUUGGGAUGCGGCUAUCGUCCUUUCCACGUAUCUGGAGAUGGGCGCUGUGGAGCUCAGGGGCUGCUCUGCCGUGGAGCUGGGUGCUGGCACGGGGCUGGUGGGCAUAGUGGCUGCCCUGCUGGGUGCUCACGUGACUAUCACGGAUCGAAAAGUAGCAUUAGAAUUUCUUAAAUCAAAUGUUCAAGCCAACUUACCUCCCCACAUUCAACCCAAAGCUGUUGUUAAGGAGCUGACUUGGGGACAGAAUUUGGGGGAUUUUUCACCUGGAGAAUUUGACCUGAUACUUGGAGCUGACAUCAUAUAUUUAGAAGAGACAUUCACAGAUCUUCUUCAAACACUGGACCAUCUCUCUAGCAACCACUCACUGAUUCUUUUAGCUUGCCGAAUUCGAUAUGAACGGGAUAACAGCUUCUUAGCAAUGCUGGAGGAGCAAUUUACUGUGAGUAAGGUUCACUAUGAUCCUGAAAAAGAUGUACGUAUUUACAAAGCACAGAAAAGAAACCCGAGGGAGGACUUAUAAUUGGCUUAUAAGAAUAUUGUCAUUGAGUGUGUUAGUUAAGGUCUUGGACUGUGAAUCUCACCAGACUUAAAUGAAAUGGCUUGUUAUACUGUAACAUCUGUCUAACCAAAGCUUGUCAAGGGACAAAGCACAUGAGCGGUUUUAAAACAAACUAGUGCUUUGUUCCAUUGCUGUGAUUUUAGUCCUAUCUUACUCACUCUGAAAUUCCAUCAACAUUAAAGGGAAGUGUGAGAUUGUCUAAAUGUUGUUUCUGUCUCCUGUGUUGUUCCCUCUUGGUGAGCAGUGAUCUCUGACAUGAGGGCUGGUAUAAAGGUGACUUUAAACCAGCUAGGUUGUUUUUGGUGAGGGUAAAUCAUGCAAUUUAUUUUAAACACGUUUGGAGAUACAUAAUGUUUAUGCCAGUUUCCAAAUUUUUUGAGGUUUAACAUACAUUCCCUGAGUUACUGUGGCUGUUGAAGACUUUUGUCCAUUUAGGUUCUAAGCACUUUUGGUUGUUUGAAAUUAGGUUGUGAAUUUUCUGUGACGUCUCAAUAUUCUUUGAGUUUCAAUUUCAGGCUUAGGUAUAUAAACAAAGGAAUAAGUAAAAAUAAAAUCUUACUUUUUGGAAGCACCUGAAGUCUUGAAAGAUUUGUAGAUUUGGAGAAGUUGUCUUCUCUAAAUUGAAACCUGUGGCUCCCCUUCAGCUUUGCCAUUCCUCAUGCUUUUGUUUAUUUAUUUCCUAGGCUUUCCCUGUGCCCUUAUAAUGCAUAGGAUGAGAGUUAAAAAAAAAAAAAAAAAAAAAAAACAACAGUUUAAAA